AUGUCGUCAGAGCUACCAGACCAUUCACUCACAGUUCUCGUGACUGGGAAAGGCGGUCGAGAACAUGCGUUAGCUUGGAAGCUGAGCCACGCCAAAUCUGUGCGACAAGUCUUUGUUUUCCCUGGAAACGCGGGCACGCAAGACAUCGAGGCCAAGGACAAUACAGUCGCAAUCUCUAAUAUUACACAGGAGAUCUCAGACAAUCAUGAGCUGGCUCAACACGCCAAAGAACUUGGUGUUGGGUUGGUUGUUGUCGGCCCUGGCGAUGAUGUUGUGAAUGGCAUCGAGGAGCACUUUCGAGAAGUCGAUAUCCCCUGCUUCGCUCCAUCACGCAAGGCCGCAGAGCUUGAAGGCUCCAAGGUCCUCGCGAAAGAGUUCAUGGUAAAAUGGGGCAUCCCUACUGCUAACUACAUCAGUUCUGCCUCCCUGCCAGCUACCCACACAUAUGUACGCCGCAUGUUUACGGACAACAAUCACCGCGUUGUUAUAAAGGCAGAUGGCCUCGCCGCCGGUAAAGGCGUGGCACUCCCUGAGACAAAAGAACAGGCUUUGGAUGAUCUUUGUAGCAUCAUGAGCGAUGGCAAAGUCUCUUCGCCUGGCACCCCGGUAGUGAUCGAAGAGUACAUGAGAGGCUACGAGAUCAGCAUCUUGACAUUCAGCGACGGCAAGACCUUCUUUUCCCUCCCACCAGGCCACAAUCACAAGCGUGCUCUAGAGGGCAACAUGGGACUUAACACUGGUGGCAUGGGAAUGUAUUCACCUGUGCGAAUGGUGACUCAGGAGGUAUUCCGGCAGAUUGAAAACUGCAUACUGGAGCCCACAUUCGACGCUAUGAAGAAAGAGGGACGACCAUUCCAAGGCCUACUCUUCACUGCAAUCAUGGUUACAGAUUCUGGCCCCAAGGUGAUCGGAUACAACGCUCGAUUUGGCGAUCCCGAAGCUCAGAGCUCAAUGCUGCUUAUACACGAGGAUACCGAUCUGGCGAACAUCUUGCUCUCAUGCACAAACGGAACACUGGAGCAAACAAAAGAUACGAUCAAAAUCAAACCAGGUUUCGCCUGCAAUGUUGUAAUUGCGUCAGGCGGAUACCCAGCUGAAUACGAGACAGGCAAGACUGUAACGCUGAAGCCUCCGCCGGAGGGUGUAGUUAUUUUCCAUGCCGGAACUUGUAGUGACGAAAAGGAUGAGUCGCUGAAGACAGCAGGAGGGCGAGUCUUCUCUGUGGCUGCCUAUGCAGAUACCCUUGAAGAAGCACGCUCAAAGGCAUACAUGGGUGUCGGGUGUGUGUCAUUCGAGCCCAUGGCGUACAGGAAGGACAUUGCAUUAGGAGGUUUGGCCAUACAAGGGGUAAAAAUCUCCAGUGAUCAUCCGGUAUUGAGGGACGCCACGAAGCUUGAUCAAUAG